UUGGGGAAAACAAAAUGUCGCUCGACAAACAAACUCCGGGACAAAUACCUACUAUUUUCUUUGUAGACGAUCCAAUAUAGUGUUAAAAUGGGAAAACUGAAAUGUUUUGAAAUCAUACUUGCGGGAAACAAAUCUGUUUUCCACCCAGGCGAAAAAGUAUGCGGGAAAGUAGUCGUCGAUCUGAAGGGCGACAUGAAAAUGAGAUCUCUGCGCAUUUUUAUGCGAGGGGUUGCAAAGGUACACUGGACAGAAUCAAGAAGUACAGGCAGUCGUCUUGGUUCUUACACUGAACAUUAUAAUGCAGAAGUGGAAUAUUUCUUUAAAAGACAAGUUCUGUUCGGAGGAGAAGUGUCAGAAGGAAGAGAUACAUUGACAGAAGGAAGACAUGAGUUCAGUUUCUCCUUUGAUUUGCAGAUGGGAGGUAUUGCAACAUCAUUUGAGGGAAAACAUGGCAGUAUACGAUAUUGGCUAAAGGCUGAGAUGGAUAAACCCUGGUCAUUCAACCAUAAAACUAAGAAAGCUUUUACAGUCAUUAGUCCAAUAGACAUAAACAAAGCAGAAUAUCAGCUAUGUGUUGAAAGCAGUAUAGAGAAGACUUUAUGUUGCUGGAUGUGUACCUCAGGACCAAUUAGUAUGACAGCAAGAUCUGAUCGCAGAGGUUAUUGUCCUGGAGAGUCCAUAGCUAUCUCUGCCGAGUUUGAGAACCACUCAUCACGGACAGUGAUACCAAUGGCUACUUUGUAUCAAACACAAGCUUUCUUUGCCAAUGGUAAAUCAAGGGUCAGAAGGACAAAGUUCACAGUAUUGACAGGAUUGCCAGUUGCUCCCCAAUCACAUGGAAGUUGGGAUUCGCAGCUGUUGAAGAUCCCUGCCGUUUCACCUUCUAUUAUUAACUGUUGUGUCAUGAAAGUUGACUAUUAUAUUAAAGUGGCAUUACAUAUACCUGGUGCUUAUAAUCUGACAUUACAUCUACCUAUAGUGAUUGGAACAGUGCCCUUUCGACAAGGACCAACUAGAUACACAAGUACCAGGUUCUUCAAUGAAACAUUUACAGACUACCAAAACAGGACAACCUUACCUGUACCUCCACCUUAUAGAGAAACUAUCACACCUCCCCCACCGUUUGAUGACCCACCAACUUAUCAUGAGAGUGUAGGUGGCGCUGUUAGAUUGGAUGAUGAAGAUGACGAUGAUGAUGAAAACACAUGUAAUAUGGGAGACCUAACAUAUACACCAAUGUAUAACUAUGUAUAUAAUUAUAGACCACCACCUACUUAUACUGAGGAGGACCCCCAUCCAAUUAGUUUAUGUGAUGUACCCAGAAGGUUGCCUCGGAACAUUGAUCGGUGAUGACAAAUAUGUCAGUAAUUUAUCAGCAGUGCCUGUUAACAUUUAUCAAAUGACAGUUUUGUUAUCAGCGAAAAAAAAAAAAAAAAUGGAGGAUUUGUUAUCAGCGAAAAAAAAAUUAAAAAAAUGGAGGAAUGUCCACCUAAAAGACUACAGCUGGAAAGAAGUGGAAAUAUAUUUAUUUUGAUGAUAUAAAUUUUAUGUUCAGGUCUCAGGUUGUUCGCCAAUUUGUUGUCAGAAUUUUACAUUGUGGACAGAGCUCACACUGUUUUCUUGUAAAAGAUAUGUCAAGGAGGAACCAAUCAUAUUUAUCACACAAAAGAAAUUACAACUAUUGUAAUGUGAUACAUCAUUUAUGUAUGUGAUUGUUUUAUGGAUUGACUAAACCACUGUAAAUCCAUCAGUCUAUUGUAUUUAUAUUAUAUUAAAGGGUUGUUGUACUUAUACAAUGUUAUAUUGGUGAAUUUUGUUUAGAAUAGAAUAUUCUAUCAUCCAAGAUUACAAGUACAAUUGAUAUUCUAUGAGGCAUACUAUUCACCUUUUGUUGAAUUUGCAACAUUUUGUUGCGAAAAAAAAAGACAGCAAUCUCACAUUCUGUUGUCAGCUUCAUCAACAUCUAGGUUCAGUCAGUGGAUAAAUUUUUUUAAGACAUCAAUAAGUUUUUCAAGUCUCAUGGAAUUUUAUGAAAAUUAGGCAGAAACUUUUUUAUGAUGACAGUGCAGUAUCCAGAGCAAAAUUUUGAAAAUAUUUGUUUUUUAUUUUUUCGCAUGAUAAAUUAAUGCUUUUUUUUUUGCAGUACACUUUAGGAUACAUUUUAAGGUUAAAGUUUUUUCAGACAUCAAUAACUUGAACAGAAGAUUAUUCAUGAUCCAAAAUAAAAUUUAAAUAUUUUUUUUUUCAAUACAUUACUGAUAAAAGGACUUUUUUUUUUUUGCAGUUUACAUUUAGAAACAGUUCUGAGUUAAAGUUUUAUAGAUAUCAAUAGCUUUGUUGAACUAUCUUGGAAUUUUGUGAAACUUGGGACAGAAGCUUAACUAUGAUGCAGAUAUAAAUGAUAUAAUGUUUAAAGAUUUUUUUUUUUUCCAUUUUUCCAUUAUUUAAUAUUAGAUGAACUUUUUUUGUGCAGUUAGCUUUUACCCUAGGUAUUGGAUUAAAUUUAUUUUUUAGACCUUUUUUUCAUACAGUAUGGGAUUAAAUUGUUUAGGUAUCAGUAACUUUGUUAAACCUUGGCUUCAUAGAAUGUUAUGAUACUUGGAUUGAAAAUUCUUCAAGUUUAAGAAAAAGGCAUUUGAAGAAAAAAAAUGUUUUUUUUUUAGUUUUUCAGUAUUUUACUGAUAAAUGGAAUUAGUUUUUGAUAGUCAACAUUACACUUUUACACUGAAAGCAGCAGUAGCGGGCAAGACACAGGGGUUCUGCCCUUUAAGAUGGUUAUGGUGCAAAAGCACUUUUAUUUGAAUGGCAAAACUUUGAAAUGGCAAGAUAACAUAAUUUAGAGCUAUUAAUGGCACCUGUGUAAAGCUUUUUUGUACUUAUGUAGAAAAAGGAAUAUUACUUGGCCUUACAGUAAUAUGUGAUAAGACUAAACCACUGUUAAUUCCACCGUCUAUAAUAGGUAAUGAAAGUAUUAUAUUGUGUGUGUAAAAGAGCUUUUUUUGUAAUGUCUUUUCUGACAGAAAUUGAUUGAUUUUUUUCUAAAUAAAUUAUUCCAUGAAAUAACAACCAAAACAGAUUAAAGUAUUUAAUGUAAGACAUCUUAUACUGCAUGAUGCCCUAAUAUUACAGUAUUAAUGUAAUUUACACUUGGCCUUUAAUAAAUAUAAUACAAAAUUUUGAUGCAGAUAUAUUUGAGGCUAUUAUGGGUUUAAUGGUAUUAAGAGUACAUUUGAAAAAGCAAUACACAUAGAUAGAAGGCAAUGUCAUGAAAAUAUUGUAUGUUGUAAACAAUCUAGUGUAAAAUUAAUUAAUUUCUAUACAAUAUUUUUCAGUGAGAUGAUAAAUUAAAUAUUACAAAUAUUCAAUAGCAUACAUUAAAACCAAAUCAAUGAAACUUGUGUACAUGUUGUAGUAGUUUGCUACAAGCAAUACUAUGAGUAAAGGAUGUUCGCUCCUCUUGUUUUUGAAUUUUUGCCAGAUAUUCAGAAUCCUCUGGUUUUAUCCGUGUAGUGCCAUUAAAAAAAAAAUUUGCCCACUAACCCCUACUUUUCUUUUCAUAAUUUGAUUACAUAUAGUUUAAAAUGCCAUCUUUGAAAAUCUUAUUAAAUCCUUGUUAUUUUUUCAUAGUCAAGAAAAAAGGUACCAAUGUUAAAUGUAUGAAAAAUCUAAAGAGAAUCAUUUCCUGCCAAAUUUUCAAUGGCUUAUAUCCGAAAACAAGCACACGGACCCUUCAUUUUUUUCUGCUUUUAUUGUUCCUUUAUUUAUAUACUACCAAUUUAUAGCAGUCUUUUAAAAAGCUUGUUAUUUUGAAACAAAGAGUAGCAAACAUCCUUAAUAUUGAAUUGUUGGUGUGAACAAUAGCAUUACAUUUAUUUCAGAAUUUACUGUAGUUGUUAAGCAUUUUGAAUUUCACACCUACUUAUAAAGAAAAAGGUGCUGUUUGUCCAAUGAUAAUUUAUGCCAAUAAAUAUGUAUUUUGAUAAAGGAUGUAUGAGGGUUAAAUAGAUGAUAGAUUUGUGUUACAGAAUACUGCCAUAUUUGAAGUUGUUGAAUGCAUUUACUCUAGUGACCAAACCUAUCACUCUCAAAUUUAAAUACCUGCAUGUAGCUUCAAUUAGAAUCCUUUUCACAAAUUGGAUUUUGUAUGGCACAGUGGCAUAAAGUAGACAAUAAUCAAUCCAUUAACAUUAGAAUUAAUUCUGUUCAAGUUUGUUUAAUGAUUUGUUACCAGUUUUAAUGAUUUGAAUUUUAUACUUGAUGUUUAUACUGUAAAUAUUCUGUUAAAUUUUUUGUUUUCUUGCAAAUGGUCAAUUCUGUUAUUUUAUCAAGAGCAAACAAUGUUUAUCAACCAAAAUUCCUUUAGUGGCAAGCACCCCCUCCUCUUUUCCCCCUUUAAUUAGGCCAGUACUUAAAGGUAACGUUGCCUUAAUAAGUCUGUUUUACAUGAUCAAUAUUGAUCUCAGCUUCAUCAAUUUUGUAGGUAGCAUUUGGUAAAUUUAAAUGAAUCAGUGUGAGCAAUUGAUUACCAUUUUGAUGUUCAAUGCUAAAAUAUGUAUGACAGGAUUGAUAUGCAACUAGUAAGUACAGAAAUGAUAUAUAUUGACAGAAGACAACUCUCAUAUGUAUGAUGUCAAAAUUCUUUUUUAUUAGAAUUAAAAUAUUAUUUUUGGAUAUGUUUUGCUUUUUAAAACAUUUUUCAUAUUCAUUGUUUGAAGUCAUUUUUAUCUUGCCAUAAACAUUUUUACAUCAUAUUAAGUAACAAUCGGUCUAAGAAUCAGGCAGUGGUGAAAACAUGACAAA